UGGCUGUUUAUCAAGCGUUAUCAAAAAGAGGAAGCGAUUGCAUCACAAAAAAGAAUGGUUAAGAGACUCCAGGAAAACUCAUUUACUUGCCUUCCAUCAAGCCAGUGUAAUAUUCCUGCCGAAUCUUUCUUAUUAAGAAAAUACAAGAAGCGACACCAACUUGCUAAACUUCCAUCGAUAACAUGGCCACUCUUGUUACCAUGAAGACCACAGUCUCAUCCACACCGCCCCCUAAUUCCACUGUGCUGACACCUGUUUCCACACAGCCCUUGUCCCUGUCCCAUCAGAUCGGGAUUGCUAUCCUGGUUCUCGCCUUUGUCUUUGGUUUUCCUGGCAACCUGUUUGUAGUGUGGUCCAUUUUGUGCAAAGUAAAGCACCGUUCUGUCACCUGUUUGUUGAUUUUCAAUCUGGCGGUGGCUGAUGCUUUAGUACUCUUGAGCGCUCCACUGUUUCUCAGGUACCUGGCUGGAGGGAGGGGAUGGGAGUUUGGAUCUGCCCUGUGCAAGACUGUCCAUUAUCUGUGCUGUGUCAACAUGUAUGCAUCUAUUUACCUCAUAUCUCUGAUGAGCCUGGACCGCUGGCUGGCUGUCAACAAGCCGUUUCUGUCUCAGAGGAUGAGGACCAAGAACAGACUCUUGCUGAUCAUGUUGGGCAUCUGGGUGAUGGCUUUUCUAAUGGCUUUGCCCAUGCCAUUCUAUCGUUCCCUCAUACAAAUUCGUCCCAGUGUGCCAAUAUAUGUAUGUGUGCCAUUCCACUGGAAAAGUGUGGGGCAUGAAAUCUUUCAGUACUUGUCUGAGACUCUGUUAGGUUUCCUUCUACCCUUCACAUUCAUCCUGACCUGCUAUAUAUCAGUGAUAUGUAGGCUACGUAGUGCCAUGUUCCAGCGUAAAGGAAGAGGAAGCAUCUUGAUCUUGCUUAUCAUUGGUGCUUUUACCGUAUUCUGGCUGCCAUAUCACCUCGUCAAUAUCCUACAGGUGAUUGGUAUGACCCAGGGCUCCUCUUCUCUUGUAAAUGCUGCAAAAUUCGCCCGUCCAAACGUGACCGCGUUUGCAUUUCUCAGCAGCAGCAUCAAUCCCGUUCUUUAUGUUUUUGCUGGCAGUUCUCACAUCCGUCAGGCUGGUCUUGGCUUUAUGGCUAAACUGUUCGAGGCCACCAACUCUGAGUCCACCCGCAGCACAAGAUCUAGUCGUGGCUCUAAUGCAGAGAGUUUAGUUUUCAACAAGUUGUCCGUUAAAUUUAGUCGUAAAGGGGAUGAUGCAAGAGCUGAAACCCCUGGUAAAGAAGUGCAUAGCGUUGAUGAAAUUAAAACUCUGACCCCAAUGCCAUAAAAGUUUUUUUUUUUUUUUUUUUUUACUCUGAGAUUCACUUAAAUUUCAUGUAUGCUAAUGAAAAGUUGACCAUUGCAUAAAAAGUAAAUCCAUUUCAUUUUUGCAGAAAUAUUGAAGAAAUAGCUUGAACGACUGUUAAAAAUAAAUAUUAAAUACCCUGUUAAUUUUGUUUCACCCCUUUUGCAAAGUUUGUUGUUUAGAAGUGUUUAUAAUCUUAAAAACUAUACAAUGUUUUUUCUAAAAGGCUAUUUCUAUUUAAUUAUAACGGAUAAAAGAGAGUUUCUUAUGCACUGUGACUUUAUUUCAUUCAGUAUACUGUAUCUUGCCGUUCUUUCUUUCUUUUUUUAUCUUUUUCUUUUUUUACAAUUUAUUAUGAUGUGUUAAAGCAGCCUUGUUUGUGUAUGAUCUAUGUAAUCAGUGUUAAAGUAUACUAAUUAAAGAGCCAGUAACUUGGAUUUCCUAAAAUUA